GAUGAAGACGGGAUUCUUUACGAAAAUGCCAGAGCAAAUUUUCAAACAAAACGUGGCAUCACUGUUUUGAAGUGCAAUCUGGGAUUAUUGUCUUUGUUAUCAGCUUUGUUGCAUUUGAAGAGAUUGAGAGUUAUCAAUUGUGUAAAAUAAAUAAAUAAAUAAUUAAAUGACUUUGCAUUUAGAAUUCGUCUGAAGCGGACGCUUCGGGAUUCGAUGCUUAGUCAUCGUUAUACACAGUACAGUUAUAACUGUACAUUGGUUUUAAUUCUGUAUUUUUAAUACACGUGUUUUAAUUUACAGUUGGUGGGGACACCAACUUCGGAAGUACAACCUGGCAUAUAGAGUCGUACUCUGCCAUUUCGAUUAAAGUCCAAAAAAAAAAAAAAAUAAUUAAACUCUUCAAAUUACCACAUUUUUGUGGCUUAACAUUCCAACGAAUUUAGUAACUACUAUGGCUUCCUCGGGUCUGACUUGUCCCAUAUGUGUGGAUUCUUACAGUGAUCCAAAUGACAUAUGCAGUACAAUAUGUGGUCAUAUAUUUCAUCAUUCUUGCCUAGUGCAAUGGCAAGAGCAAUCCAAUACUUGUCCCAUGUGUAAUCGCAGUAACCCGGCGCCACAUCGCCUUUUCAUCGAUCUUAAGGCAGAAAGUGAUACCACCAGGCCUGUUAAUAAUGGAGCAUCAAAUGAAGAGCACAAAGUGAUUAUAAAAGGUAUUCGGGAUCUUCAAAUUGAAACAUCUUUACCUGCUGUUGUACUCCAAUUAAUUGGGAUUAUGCAAGUACAUAUACGUGAGCCCGAUAUUGGCAAUAUAUCUAAAGUAGGUGAUGUUCUAUACGUUUCCUUUAAAAGCUCCAGCCAUAAGGAUGCAUUUCUGGCCAAUAAAUUUAAGCUUAAGAAAAUGCCAAGAACUUCGUCAAUUGUUAUACACGAAGUCGUUGAUUCUGAAGUAAAAUCUCUGUUCCAAUACAGCCAUAAAUUAAAGGAGCAUUGUGGCUUUCGGGUAUUCUAUAUAAAAGAUAAACAAGUUUAUGUGCGAAAAGACAAGGAUAGCCCUGCAAUAAAUAUAUUGUCAAAAAAGCAUGUAGACGAUUUAUGUGCCAAAUUUAGAAAUGUAACGCAACCCAUGCCAUCCACAAGUUCUGAGCAAAGUGGGCUGCGUGCACGCCGAAACCAAAACCAAAAUGUGGCACAUGCUGCCAACAACUCGGCAAAUACUGUCUCCAAUGACAUUGACAACGAAUGGAAUAUAGGUGAGGCUAUGACUCGAGCAUUUCUUCAAAGUGCUGGUUACCAUGAAGGUAGUAGCAGUGAUGACGAAUGGAGAGAAGUUUUAGCCAUCCACCACCAAGUUCAACAAAUGAUGCCAAACAGCGAACCACCACUAGUCAUCAAUGGAGAUAGUUCGAGUUGGCAAACCAUUAGUACAGAUGACGAACGUUCCUCAUGUUGGACUGGAUUCAAAAAUAUGCUCAAUAAAUUAUGUAGCUGCAGAGGAAAUUAACCGUGCCAAAACCCGCUCCAUGGCCGUUCCUCCUAAGCAAGUCUAGGGCUAAAACAAAAAUCACACUUUGCCUUUUAUAUACAUAGCAAGACUGCCGCAUAGUUUAGUAUGAAAAAAAAAAAUACAGAAAACACAUCGUAUUGAAUGACCCAGUGUCACAAACUAUAUACUAUUUGUUUAUUGACCGGAAACAUAAGUUUAUCCAUUUUAAAAUAUAUACACUAGUUAUAGUUUUAUAUAACCAUGCCAUUUACAAGCUUAUGGCAUUCUGUUAUACCAAAUAAAA